AUGCCAUUUCCACCCACCCCCACCGGCGAGAGCAGCUCCCACUCCGGCAACUGCCACUGUGGUGCCGUGAGGUUCAACUUCACAUUAUCCCCGCCCCUGCACGAGUACCCCACCAACACCUGCAACUGCUCCAUCUGCUCAAAGAACGGCUACUUGCUCGUGUACCCCUUCACCAAGGAUUUUACGGUCGAAAAAGGCGAGGAUGUGCUGAAAGAUUAUCGCUUUGGCAAGCGCACGGUGAAGCACCAAUUCUGCGGGGAGUGUGGAAGUAGUUGCUUCAUCCGUCUCCCGGAAGGUGGAUUAGAAGGAUUCCCGCCGAUCACUGCGGUCAAUGUACGACUGCUACGGGACUUUGACGUUGAGAAACUGAUUCUCAACAAGGUUGAUGGAAGGUCAUCCGCGCCAGAGUACAAAGUCUAG